UGUGCAUCAGAUUCCUUGUACGCGCGUGUCAAGAUCUCCCGCCCAUUAAGCGAGUACCGCUCGGCCUCUGGUCUGAUCCUCCGCGUUCCUUCCAAACUACGAAGAGCAAUGUCUAGGGCCAAUUUCGUAGCCCCGUUUCUGCUCUCAUAAAUCUCAGAUUCGACUCAAAUUCUUCGACGUAUUGACUUCGUACGCACCAAACCGUACCAUCGCUUUCUUUAUCAUGGACGAGUCCUCCAAAAGCCUCCCCACCAGCCAUUUGCUUGGCUCGGUGCCUGCUGUCAUCAGUGAAGAAAAGAAUGCUUCAAACUAUGAGGUCCCUGAAGCAAAUUUGCAAAUAUUCCCUCCAAAUAGUAGAGGAGAAAGAGGGCGGGGUUAUCAAACUCUUGGAAGUCCAACUGAAGGGUUUGAGCAACAGCCAGCAAAUGGCUGGAAGGGAGUGUUUAAUAUCUCUUCAUAUAUACAAUUUUUCGAUGUUGAUACAGACAUCGUCUUAAACAGACUGAUGAGUUCUUUUUAUCCCAGUGGCGGAGAUUUUUCUCACAAGAUUGAUGCUAACCCUGACUUAUACGGACUUAUCUGGAUAUCCACUACAUUGGUUUUUGUGCUUGCUGCUUUUGGAAACUGUGCCACCUACUUAAUGCAGAAACACAGCGACAGCUCUACUUCUUGGAGCUUUGAUGUCAGCUACAUGAAUGUGGCAGCGGGUUCAGUCUAUGGUUACGUGAUUGUGGUGCCCUUGGCAUUUUACUUCUUGCUCCAGUAUCUGGGCACAAAACCUAGCCUUGUUCGAUUUUGGUGCUUGUGGGGAUAUUCCCUCUUUGUUUUUGUUGUGUCUUCAUUUCUGUUGCUCAUCCCAGUUGAGCUUCUUCGGUGGAUCAUUAUAAUUCUUGCUGGUUCUUCCUCAGCAUGCUUUGUUGCCUUGAACCUCAGGUCUUAUAUAGAGGGGAGCGAUCUUUCAUUGAUGGUGGUUGCUGCAUUUUUCUUGCAAAUGGCUUUGGCAAUCUUCAUCAAGGUCUGGUUCUUUCCAUGAGCUCAUGCAGCUGGCCGUGUGCAGUGUCCAGAUCUAAAACUAGUGUGUUUCCUUUCUUUAUGAAACAUUUUUUGUUAAGGCAAUAGCUGGAUGGGAAUUUGUCUGGAAGAUGAGUUUGCCGUGUGUUGGGAUUACUUCUACUCGUUUGGUUGCAUUUGUAAUAUAGUGAAGUAUCUGAGUCACGAAGCGGGACCAGAAAGAAUUAUGAGGAGAGGUUGGUGCCUUUGAUGCGAGUGAUCGUGUUUCUGUGUCAGUUUAUUAACACACCAAUACUAACAGAGUAGAGAACGCAAUCGUUGAGUUU